AGACCUACGUGCCUUGAAGCCCCAGGCAGGAGAAGAGAAUCAAAAGGCAAACUGCCAGGGGAAAACAAAAUCAAUUCUCUGCCCAAGGUCCAGCAGAAGUGGCCUGAUUUACCUAGGAGGCGGGCUUCCUCCUGUGGGGAAUCCCUGGGCUGGGAGGAGCAGCGGCCUUUCCUCUUGGCAGCCUGGGCACCUGCAGCAGGUGCUGGCACCAGCCUAGGCUGGAACUUGGCCCAGGGAGCGGGGAAGCGGGGGGUGGGCAGGGAAGCAGGAGCGAUGUGGGGGCUCAGGGUCAGGAAGUGGGACACUAGGGCCCAGGAACAUGGGAAGCUGCGCCCCAGGGUCCAGGCAGGAGUCCUACAGUGGUGGGGCGCUCUGGCUGUCUCUUUCUCAUUUGUCCAGAGCCUUAUGUAAGAGCGUUUCUGGGGAAACAGGAAGUCCCGCUUGCCAAGUUCAGCAGAGAGAGUAGUGCAGGCCUCCUUCCAACACACCCGGCCUGCCCUUAACCCCGGAACUCAGCCAGUUCCUUGCUUCCCCGACCCUGGUUCUCCUCCCCGCUGACCCCCUCUCCUCCCCUCCUCGCCCACCUUCAGUCACGGUGAGCAGACUGCCCCGGAGAUCUCACCUGUGCCUGGGCGGGAGGGUCUUCCACUCUCAGCCCUUGACCCUCGGUGCUGCCCAGCAUGUCUCUCCAUCCCGGCUCCUGGCACCAUGCCCCAGAGCCAGCCAACCUUCCCUCCCCCACUUCUGGGGCCGCCCCGGGGUUCCUGCGCUCUGGCCGCUCCCCCUGGGUGUCACUGGCAGCCCUGUCCUUCCUAGAGAGACUAACACCAAAUUCUUCUGAGGCUGGAGGAGGUGAGGGGCUCGGGACAGUGCUGGCCCCGCAGCAGGGUGCCAAGAGCACCAGCAGUGCCCCAGCUUGCUUCCCGCCUCCCUUCUUUUUAUUCUCAAGUUCCUUUUUAUUCCUCCCUUGCGUAACGCCCUUCUUCCCUUCUGCACCACUGCCUGCACCCCCACCCUCCCCGUCACCUCCUUGCCAUCCCACUCCUGAGACCACAGCUGUUGGCAGAGUCCCCAGCUCAUGCCGGCCUCAUCUCCUUCCUUGCUAAGCCCGAAAGGGCCCCAGGGAGACAUGGGGGGCCCCGUCCGAGAGCCGGCGCUCUCAGUUGCCCUCUGGUUGAGUUGGGGGGCGGCUCUGGGGGCUGUGGCUUGUGCCAUGGUUCUGCUGACCCAACAAACCGAGCUGCAGACCUUAAGGAGAGAGGUGACCCGGCUGCAGAGGAAUGGAGGGCCCUCCGAGAAGGGAGAAGGGAAUCCGUGGCUGAAUCUCCAGGAGCAGAGCCCUGAUGGCACAGAAGGCCGGGAGAAUGGGGAGAGAUCCCGGAGAAGGAGAGCAGUGCUCACCCGUAAACAGAAGAAGAAGCGCUCAGUUCUGCAUCUCGUUCCCAUUAACAUCACCUCCAAGGAGGACUCUGAUGUGACAGAAGUGAUGUGGCAACCAGCUCUCCAGCGUGGGCGAGGCUUGGAGGCCCAAGGAUAUAUUGUUCGAGUCUGGGAUGCUGGAGUUUAUCUGCUGUACAGCCAGGUCCUGUUUCAUGAUGAGACUUUCACCAUGGGUCAGAUGGUAUCUCGGGAGGGACAAGGAAGGCAGGAGACUCUAUUCCGAUGCAUACAAAGCAUGCCCUCCAACCCUGACUGGGCCUACAACAGCUGCUACAGUGCAGGUGUCUUCCAUUUACACCAGGGGGAUAUCUUGAGUGUUGUAAUCCCUCGGGCAAGGGCCAAACUUAGCCUCUCUCCACAUGGAACCUUCCUGGGGCUUGUGAAACUGUGACUGUGUUGUAAAAGGUAGUUCUGAGCUUGGAAGACCAGGGUGGGUACACUUUGGAGAUGGCCAAGAGCUGAUUAGACAAAGGACAGGGAACAGUCAGGAACAGAGGCCUGCCUCUGCCCCCAGGUUUGACAGCUCAUGACUCUCCCUUCUUCCCACCCUCACCCCCAGGACUUUGAAUUCACGGAUAUUAAAGAGGUAGAAUAGCUUCUUCUUAUUCUCCAUCCAGCCCCAAAUUCUUGAGGGAGUCGGGUAGGGGUGGGGGUGGGAAAUGCUAGGCUUUGUCUAGACUUGCUCUGGGUCCCACUGGAAUGCUUCCAGAACAGCACCACCAUCUAGCGGCGGUUUGAGACAACCAUCCUGUUGGCAAAUGUCCACGAGUUCUUCCUCCGCUCAAACUCCUGGUUCUUAGGUACCCUCUGCCUCUUCACCCCACAAGAAGCCCCAUCUUCACUUCGCUCUCUCCAUCUACUGGGCUCCAGUUUCCAUCACUAUCUCCAGAGGUGUUGUUAGGCGCCGGUCUGCAGAGGGUGCCCGAUGACGACGGCCCCCUUUCAGUGAGCCACACCAUAACUCUUCAGGUCCCAAGUUUUGCCUUCACUCCGUCCACUAUCGUGGCCCGGCAGGCCGGGUCGCCUUGGCUAAAUCUUACGCCCCAGUCCUGAUCCUGACUCACUCCUCUGAUCUCUACUUUCUGCGCAAGCCCUGCCUAAAAUUUAAAAAUAAAGAAUAAAUAAGACCUUG